AUGUCGCACAUGGCAGGAGCAGAGGGCUACGAAGAAGAGCAAACAGAAGAUGAAGAUGAAGAGGCUUCUGAACCUGAAGGAAGGAAUCGAAGAGGCAGGGCAUUGUUUGAUGCUGAUGACUUAAAAGGAGUCACUGGAAUCGCUGUUAAUGACGAUACCGAUUCGGACGUCGAAAUAACGGAUGUCAAACCGCUGAAUCCUAGGAAUGGAAAGGAGAAGGAGAAGGCAGGGGAGAAGGUCGCAUGGUCCGACAACGACAGCGAUAACGCAUAUGAGAGAUUUAAAAGCCGAAAAUCCGUAAAACGGAAGAGGACGGCCGCUAUAAAGAAAUCCAUUAAUGCGAAGGCAAAAGAUGCUGCUACAAUUAGAAAGAACGGCAAGAGUAAUGGGGAGUCAAUACAGAAAAAGCCGAAAAUGUGGGGAGAGUUUGCUGAUCCCGAAUUGAUGGACGAAGAAGUGCCGGAAUAUCUUCUUGAGAGACGGAAGGAAUUUGAUGAAAAGCAUGAUAUGCUCCAAUCAGCAGGCCUUCAACUUCCCCCGCAGUAUGGCGAUAUCGAAUUUUCAGACGAUGAGCGACUUGCAGAACUUCAAGAACGACCUGAUUUUCCGCCAAGCGUCGAGCGAUCCCGGCCAUACAAAGACAUUAAAUUACCGCAUUCUCUCGGGGUCAUACCCGCCUCUAUUGCACAAUAUUUACGAGACUAUCAAGUAGAUGGGGUGGCUUUCCUUCAUGAGUUGUUUGUCUAUCAAAAGGGCGGCAUUCUUGGGGAUGAUAUGGGCCUGGGUAAAACAGUCCAAGUCGCUGCGUUUUUGACUGUGGCUUUCGGGAAGACAGGGGAUGAGCGCGAUGCAAAGCGACUUCGAAAAGUGAGAAGGACCCAUGGCAAACUUUGGUAUCCACGAGUGUUGAUAGUGUGCCCUGGAUCUCUUAUUGAGAAUUGGAAAAACGAGUUGACACGAUGGGGAUGGUGGCAUGUGGACAAGUACCACGGUGUCCCAGGGGAUAGGACUGCUGUGCUUCAAGCUGCCAUGUCUGGGCGAUUAGAGAUCGUCAUCACUACCUAUACGACUUAUCGAAAUCAUAAAGACCAGUUGAAUAUGAUACCGUGGGAUUGUAUAGUUGCGGAUGAAUGCCACCAAAUAAAGGAACGGUUCUCUGCAACAACUCAGGCGAUGAAUGAGGUCAACGCUCUAUGUAGGAUUGGUCUUACUGGAACGGCAAUUCAGAAUAAAUAUGAGGAGCUGUGGACCAUGCUAAAUUGGACUAAUCCUGGACGAUUCGGACCAAUAUCUACCUGGGUAUCCAGCAUCAGUGAACCUCUAAGGAUUGGGCAAUCACAUGAUGCUACAUAUUAUCAGUUGAAGCAGGCAAGGGUGACUGCAAAGAAGCUUGUCCAAAAUCUUCUUCCCCAAUUCUUUCUCCGCCGGAUGAAGAGCCUCAUUGCUCAUCAACUUCCGAAGAAAACGGAUAGAGUUGUAUUCUGCCAGCUUACGGGCGUCCAGAGCAAUGCUUAUGAGCAAUUCCUUGCUGGAGAAGUCGUAGAACUUGUCAGGCGCUCAUCUGAGCCUUGCGAAUGCAAUUCUGGGAAGCGGCGCGGAUGGUGCUGCCAUACUACUCUAUCCGGUACAAACACAAAGUGGCAGGCUUUGGUAUUCCCUGCCAUUACAACGCUCCAGAAGUUAUCAAAUCAUCUUGCCCUGCUCAUUCCGAAUUACAAGGACACGAGUGACAAGCAAAUGCGUGACUUGGAGUUUCUUAAAGGCAUGGUGCCAACCCGAUGGAAGGAGCUCUACGCAAAUCGUGAUUCUCUAUUCAACCUCUCAAAUCCGGAAUUCUGUGGCAAGUGGAAGGUUUUGAAGAAACUCCUUAAGUUCUGGCACGAAAAUGGUGACAAAGCUCUUAUCUUUUCUCACAGUGUUAGACUGCUGAAAAUGCUCGAACACCUGUUUAAGAACACGAGCUAUAACGUCAGCUUUCUUAGCGGAGAAAUGCCUUAUGAGGAUAGACAGAGGACCGUUGACGAAUUCAACUCUGAUCCUCAACAGUUCGUGUUCUUGAUUUCAACCAAAGCUGGAGGUGUCGGUUUGAAUAUCACCAGCGCUAAUAAGGUGGUCAUUUUCGAUCCGAACUGGAAUCCAAGUUAUGAUCUACAGGCCCAGGAUCGGGCAUACCGCAUUGGGCAGCUUCGAGAUGUCGAGGUUUUCCGCCUGAUAUCUGCCGGGACUGUUGAAGAAAUCGUAUAUGCGCGUCAGAUAUACAAGCAACAGCAAGCCAAUAUCGGAUACAAUGCCUCCCUCGAACGUCGAUAUUUUAAAGGUGUCCAGAACCAGAAGCAGCAGACGGGCGAGAUCUUUGGCCUUCAUAACCUGCUGACUUUUCAUGGGGAUUCGAUGGUGUUGCGAGACAUCGUCAAUAAAACCAAUGUUGCGGAAGCAAAGCGUGGUAUCGAUAUUCUCGACUUGGAUAUGGACGAUAUGUUGAAUGAUGAAGAUAACCCACUGAAGGUAGAUGAUGAUAAUGGCGAUGGAGCGAUGAGCCAAUUGGCCGCCCUCAUCGCAGAAGGUGACGAUUUAAAAACGAUCAAACCCGCAUCUAAAUCUCAAGCGAGAACGGACCCCGUACAAGCUAUCUUAGCAUCUGCAGGAGUGCAGUAUACACACGAGAACUCGGAGGUCGUUGGCUCCUCGAGAGUGGAAGCAGAGCUCAGUCGUCGAGCCGAGGAAACGGGGAAUGAUUUCAACUACGGGGAAGAAAGACUAUUCUCGGAGUCACAAUCGCAGCCGACUGACCCAGGAAAAAUUCAAUAUCAGUUCCAUCCUCCCGAAGAUGUCAUGGUCAGACAGUUGUGUACCAUGGCGGAGACUUUCGGUUUCGCGAAUGCCACGGAAUUUGCUUUGGUUGUUGAAGGGUGGACACAGAAGCAGCGGACCGACUGUUUGGAAAGAUUUUAUUUAAAGAGAAGAGAACGGCUUGCGGAGCUGGAGGCAAAAAGUAUUCCAGGUAAUGGGGUUUCUGGGAAUGGGUUCGGCGUUGGCACGGACACGGGCACGGACACGGAUGACGACGAUGAACUUUAA